GUCGCCUAGCAGCCGCCGCCGCUAUUGCUUGCUGGGAACCAGUUGGCGGGAUCCAGUGUCCGCUUGGAAUCGCGCUGUGGAGCGGUCGGGCAUAGCUGCGGGCCCGGCUUGGUGGAUGCGGUAGAUAAGAAACCUCCGCUGGUUGCCAGGCGUGCUGGGUGGAUCCUGGUGAGCAGGAGCUGCGAACCUCUUCCCACGCAGACGUUAAAGCAUUGCUAAAGAAUUCAAGAUGCCACCUAAUAUAAACUGGAAAGAAAUAAUAAAAGUUGACCCAGAUGACCUUCCUCGUCAAGAAAAAUUGGCAGAUAAUUUAUUGGUUUCUUUAUCCAAGGUGGAAGUAAAUGAGCUAAAAAACGAAAGUCAAGAAAACGUGAUACACCUUUUCAGAAUUACUCAGUCACUAAUGAAGAUGAAAGCUCAAGAAGCAGAGCUAGCUUUGGAAGAAAUUGAUAAAGCCGGAGAAGAACAAGCAAAAGUUGAAAAUAAAUUCCAAACUGAAUUAAUGAGACUGGAAAGUGAACUGGAGAUGGCACAACAGUCUACAGGUGGACGUGACACUCGGUUUUUACGUGAUGAAAUUCACCAGCUUGAAAAGCAAUUGGAACAAAAAGAUAGAGAAUUGGAGGACAUGGAAAAGGAGUUGGAGAAAGAGAAGAAAGUUAAUGAACAAUUGGCUCUUCGAAAUGAGGAAGCAGAAAAUGAAAACAGCAAAUUAAGAAGAGAGAACAAACGUCUAAAGAAAAAGAAUGAACAGCUUCGUCAAGAUGUUAUUGACUAUCAGAAACAAAUAGAUUCACAAAAAGAAACACUGUUAUCAAGAAGAGGAGAAGACAGUGACUAUCGAUCACAAUUGUCUAAAAAAAACUAUGAACUUGUUCAAUAUCUGGAUGAAAUUCAGACUUUAACAGAAGCUAAUGAGAAAAUUGAAGUUCAGAAUCAAGAAAUGAGAAAAAAUCUAGAAGAGUCUGUACAGGAAAUGGAGAAGAUGACUGAUGAAUAUAAUAGAAUGAAAGCUAUUGUGCAUCAGACAGAUAAUAUAAUGGACCAAUUAAAAAAAGAAAAUGAGCAUUAUCGGCUUCAAGUGCAGGAGCUUACAGAUCUUCUAAAAGCAAAAAAUGAAGAAGAUGAUCCAAUCAUGGUAGCUGUUAAUGCAAAAGUAGAAGAAUGGAAGUUAAUUUUGUCUUCUAAAGAUGAUGAAAUUAUUGAAUAUCAGCAAAUGUUACAUAACCUAAGGGAGAAACUGAAAAAUGCCCAGCUUGAUGCUGAUAAAAGUAAUGUUAUGGCUCUACAACAGGGUAUACAAGAACGAGACAGUCAUAUUAAGAUGCUCACUGAGCAAGUAGAACAAUAUACAAAGGAAAUGGAAAAAAAUACGUUUAUUAUUGAAGAUUUGAAAAAUGAGCUCCAAAGAAACAAAGGUGCUUCAACACUUUCUCAACAGACUCAUUAUAUGAAAAUGCAAUCUAAGGUUCACAUUUUAGAACAGAAGACUAAAGAGGCUGAGAGAACAGCUGAACUGGCUGAGGCUGAUGCUAAGGAAAAGGAUAAGGAACUAAUUGAGACUCUGAAGCGAUUAAAAGAUUAUGAAUCUGGAGUAUAUGGUUUAGAAGAUGCUGUUAUUGAAAUAAAGAAUUGUAAAAACCAAAUUAAAAUAAGAGAUCGAGAGAUUGAAGGAUUGACAAAGGAAAUCAAUAAACUUGAGAUGAAGAUCAAUGAUUUCCUCGAUGAAAAUGAGGCACUUAGAGAGCGUGUGGGCCUUGAACCGAAGACAAUGAUUGAUUUAACUGAAUUUAGAAAUAGCAAAAGUUUAAAACAGCAUCAGUACCGAGCCGAAAACCAGAUUCUUUUGAAAGAGAUUGAAAGUUUAGAGGAAGAACGACUUGACCUGAAAAAAAAAAUCCGCCAAAUGGCUCAAGAAAAAGGAAAAAGAACUGCAACUUCAGGCUUAAUAGUUGAGGACCUGAACCUAACAGAAAACUUUUCUCAAGAAAAUAGAAUGGGAGAAAGAAAAUUUGAUUUCAUGAGCCUUGGUAAUAUGAAUGCAGCACAUUCAAAGAAUGAAAUCAUAGCACAGGAUUUAUUGAUCAAGGAAGCACAGAGUAGAAAUGCAGAAAUAGAGCUUGAACGUCAUAGAAGCCAGGCAAAACAGUGUGAAUUUCUUUCAAGAGAACUAAUUGAAAAAGAAAGAGAUUUAGAAAGAAGUAAAACAAUAAUAGCCAAAUUUCAGAGUAAAUUAAAAGAAUUAGUUGAAGAAAAUAAACAACUUGAAGGAGGUAUGAGAGAAAUAUUGCAAGCUAUUAAGGAAAUGCAGAAAGAUCCUGAUGUUAAUGGAGGAGAAACAUCUCUAAUAAUUCCUAGUCUUGAAAGACUAGUUAAUGCAAUGGAAUCAAAGAAUGCAGAAGGAAUCUUUGAUGCCAAUCUCCAUUUGAAAACCCAAGUUGACCAAUUUACUGGGAGGAAUGAAGAAUUAAGACAGGAGCUCAGGGAAGCUCGGAAGGAGGCUAUAAAUUAUUCUCAGCAGUUGGCAAAAGCAAAUUUAAAGAUUGAUCAUCUUGAAAAAGAAACCAGUCUUUUACGGAAAUCAGAAGGAUCAAAUGUUGUUUUUAAAGGAGUAGACUUACCUGAUGGAAUAGCACCAUCUAGUGCCAAUAUUAUUAAUUCUCUGAAUGAAUAUUUAAUACAUAUUUUACAGGAACUAGAAUAUAAAGAAAAUAAGUUAAAGGAUUUAGAAGAUUCUCUUGAAGAGUAUAACAGAAAAUUUGCAGUAAUUCGUCAUCAACAAAGCUUAUUAUAUAAAGAAUAUCUAAGUGAAAAGGAGACCUGGAAAACAGAAUCUGAAACAAUGAAAGAAGAAAAGAAAAAACUUGAUAGUCAAAUUCAACAAGAUGCUAUAAAAGUAAAAGAAUAUAAUAACUUGCUCAGUACUCUUCAGAUGGAUUCAGAUGAAAUGAAAAGAACACUUUCCGAUUAUAGUAGAAAAAUCACUGUCUUGCAAGUCAAUGAAAAGUCACUCAUAAGACAGUAUACUACUUUAAUAGAAAUGGAGCACCAACUUAGAAAAGAAAAUGACAAACAGAAGAAUGAAUUGAUAUCAAUGGAAGCUGAAGUUGGUGAAAAAAUCGGACGUUUACAACGAUUUAAGGAGAUGGCCAUUUUCAAGAUUGCUGCUCUCCAAAAAGUUAUGGAUAAUAGUGUUUCUCUGUCUGAACUAGAAUUGGCCAAUAAACAAUACAAUGAAUUGACUGCUAAGUACAGGGACAUCUUGCAAAAAGAUAAUGUGCUUGUUCAAAGAACAAACAACUUGGAACACCUAGAGUGUGAAAAUGCAUCUCUAAAAGAGCAAAUAGAGUCUAUAAAUAAAGAACUAGAGAUUACUAAGGAAAAACUUCACACUAUUGAACAAGCCUGGGAAAAAGAAACUAAAUUAGGAAAUGAAUCUAACAUGGAUAAGACAAAGAAAUCAAUAACCAACAGUGAGAUUGCUUCUAUUUCAAAAAAAAUCACUAUGCUAGAGAUGAAGGAAUUAAAUGAAAGGCAGCGGGCUGAACAUUCUCAGAAAAUGUAUGAACACAUAAAGACUUCAUUAAAACAAAUGGAAGAACGUAAUUUUGAAUUGGAAACCAAAUUUGCUGAGCUUACCAAAAUAAACUUGGAAGCCCAGAAGGUGGAACAGAUGUUAAGAGAUGAACUAGCUGGUAGUGUGAGCAAGACAGUAAGUGAUGCUGAUAGACAACGGAUUCUAGAAUUAGAGAAGAAUGAAAUGGAACUAAAAGUGGAAGUGUCAAAACUGAGAGAGAUUUCUGACAUUGCCAAAAGGCAAGUUGAAAUUUUGAAUGUACAACAACAGUCCAGAGAAAAGGAAGUAGAGUCCAUCAGAAUGCAACUGUUAGACUAUCAGGCACAGUCGGACGAAAAGGCACUAAUUGCCAAGUUGCACCAACACCUUGUCUCUCUUCAAAUUAGUGAGGUUACUGCUCUUGGUAAGUUGGAGUCAGUCACAUCAAAACUGCAGAAGAUGGAGGCCUAUAAUUUGCGUUUAGAACAGAAACUGGAUGAAAAAGAACAGGCUCUCUAUUAUGCCCGUUUGGAGGGGAGAAACAGAGCAAAACAUCUGCGCCAAACAAUUCAGUCCCUGCGACGCCAGUUCAGUGGAGCUUUGCCCUUGGCACAGCAGGAGAAGUUCUCUAAGACAAUGAUUCAGUUACAAAAUGACAAACUGCAGAUAAUGCAAGAAAUGAAAAAUUCUCUACAAGAACGUAGAAAUAUGGAGAACAAAACAAUGGAGAUGGAAUUAAAGUUAAAGGGGUUAGAAGAGUUAGUAAGCACUUUAAAGGAUGCCCGGGGAGCCCAAAAGGUAAUCAGUUGGCAUAUGAAAAUAGAAGAACUCCGUCUUCAAGAGCUUAAAUUAAAUCGAGAAUUAGUCAAGGAUAAAGAAGAAAUAAAAUAUUUGAAUAAUAUAAUUUCUGAAUAUGAGCAUACAAUCAGCAGUCUGGAGGAAGAAAUUGUACAGCAGAACAAGUUUCAUGAAGAAAGGGAAAUGGCCUGGGAUCAAAGAGAAGUUGAGCUGGAACGUCAACUAGACAUUUUUGACCGUCAGCAAAAUGAAAUACUAAAUGCAGCACAAAAGUUUGAAGAUGUUAUAGGAUCAAUGCCAGACCCGAGCUUGCCCCUUCCAAAUCAACUUGAGAUUGCUCUAAGAAAAAUUAAGGAGAAUGUUCGAAUAAUUCUAGAAACACGGGCAACUUGUAAAUCACUAGAGGAGAAGCUAAAAGAAAAAGAAUCUGCUUUACGGUUAGCAGAGCAAAAUAUUUUGUCAAGAGACAAAGUAAUCAACGAACUCAGGCUUCGUUUACCUGCCACCGCAGAACGAGAAAAGCUUAUAGCUGAACUAGGCAGAAAGGAGGUAGAGCCACAGUUCUAUCACACAUUGAAAAUUGCUCAGCAGACUAUUGCAAACAUGCAAGCAAGGCUGAAUCAGAAGGAAGACAUGUUAAAGAAGUAUCAGUGUCUUCUGGAAAAAGCCAGAGAGGAGCAAAGAGAAAUUGUUAAGAAACAUGAAGAAGAUCUUCAUAUUCUUCAUCAUAAAUUAGAACUACAAGCUGAUAGUUCACUCAAUAAAUUCAAACAAACAGCUUGGGAUUUACUAAAACAGUCUCCUACUCCAGUUCCUACCAACAAGCAUUUUAUUCGUUUGGCUGAGAUGGAACAGACAGUAGCAGAACAAGAUGACUCUCUUGCUUCACUUUUGAUAAAACUAAAAAAAGUGUCUCAAGAAUUGGAGAGACAAAAAGAAAUCACUGAGUUAAAAAUCAAAGAUUUUGAAAAUACCAAAUUACGGCUCCAAGAAAAUCAUGCAGCUGAAGUGAAAAAAGUGAAAGCACAAGUAGAGGAUUUAAGGUGCCUUCUGGCCCAGUCCCAAAAUGACUUACAGAGUUUAAAAUCUGAACUUCAGGCUCAAAAAGAAGCAAAUUCAAGAGCUCCAACAAGGACAAUGAAAAAUCUAGUGGAAAGGUUAAAGAGCCAAUUAUCCCUUAAAGAGAAACAGCAAAAAGCACUUAGUCGAGCACUUUUGGAACUCAGAGCGGAAAUGACAGCAGCGGCUGAAGAACGUAUUAUUUCUGCAACCUCUCAGAAAGAGGCGAAUCUCAAUGUUCAACAGAUUGUUGAUCGACAUACCAAAGAGCUAAAGUCACAAAUUGAAGAUUUAAGUGAAAAUCUUUUAACAUUGAAAGAAGCUCUUAAAACAAGUAAAAACAGAGAAAAUUCACUAACUGAUAAUUUGAAUGACUUAACUAAUGAACUACAAAAAAACCAAAAAGCCUAUAAUAAAGUGCUUAAAGAGAAAGAUGAAAUUGAACAAGAGAAUGAUGAACUGAAAAGGCAAAUAAAAAGACUAACCAGUGGAUUACAGGGCAAAACUCUGAUAGAUAAUAAACAAAGUUUAAUUGAAGAACUCCAAAAGAGAAUUAAAAAGCUAGAAAGCCAACUAGAAAGAAAAGUGGAUGAGGUAGAAAUAAAGCCUAUGAAAGAAAAGAGUGCUAGAGAAGAAUUAAUUAAGUGGGAAGAAGGUAAAAAAUGGCAAAGCAAAAUAGAGGGAAUGCGAAACAAGUUAAAAGAGAAAGAAGGGGAAAUCUAUAUUCUAACAAAGCAGUUGAAUACUGUGAAGGAUCUUUUUGCCAAAGUUGAUAAAGAGAAACUAACUUUGCAGAGGAAACUAAAAACAACUGGCAUGACUGUUAAUCAAGUUAUGGGAGUGCAAGCUUUGGAGUCAGAAAAAGAGUUGGAAGAAUUAAAAAAGAGAAAUCUUGACUUAGAAAAUGAGAUAUCAUAUAUGAGGACCCAUCAGGCUCUUCCUCGAGAUUCUGUUAUAGAAGAUUUACGUUUACAAAACAGAUACCUCCAAGAAAAACUUCAUGCUUUGGAGAAACAGUCUUCAAAGGAUGCCUCUUCUAGGCCUUCUACUUCAGAAAUAGAGUCAGAUGAUCAUUGGCAAAGAGAACAGGAGCUUCAGAGGGAAAACUUGAAGUUGUCAUCUGAAAAUAUUGAACUAAAAUUUCAGCUUGAACAAGCAAAUAAAGAUUUGCCAAGAUUGAAGAAUCAAGUAAGAGAUUUGAAGGAAAUGUGUGAAUUUCUUAAAAAAGAAAAAGCAGAAGUUGAGCGGAAACUUGGCCAUGUUAGAGGGUCCGGCAGAAGUGGAAAGACAAUCCCAGAACUAGAAAAAACCAUUGGUUUAAUGAAAAAAGUAGUUGAAAAAGUCCAAAGAGAAAAUGAACAGUUGAAAAAAGCAUCAGGAAUACUGACCAGUGAAAAAAUGGCUAAUAUUGAGCUGGAAAAUGAAAAGUUGAAGGCUGAAUUAGAAAAACUUAAAGCUCAUCUUGGACGACAGUUGAGCAUGCACUAUGAAUCCAAGACCAAAGGCACAGAGAAAAUUGUUGCUGAAAAUGAACGUCUUCGUAAAGAACUUAAAAAAGAAACUGAAGCUGCAGAGAAAUUGCGGAUAGCCAAGAAUAACUUAGAGAUAUUGAAUGAGAAGAUGACAGUUCAGCUAGAAGAGAUGGGAAAGAGGUUACAGUUGGCGGAAAGUAGAGGUCCACAGCUCGAGGGUGCUGACAGCAAGAGCUGGAAAUCAAUUGUUGUUACAAGAAUGUAUGAAACCAAAUUGAAAGAAUUGGAAACUGAUAUUGCCAAAAAAGCACAAAGUCUUACUGAUCUUAAACAGCUUGUAAGACAAGCAACAAAGAGGGAACAAAAAGUUAAGAAAUACACCGAAGACCUUGAGCAACAGAUUGAGAUUCUCAAACAUAUUCCUGAAGGUGCUGAAACAAAGCAAGGCCUUCAAAGGGAGCUUCAAGUUCUUAGAUUAGCGAAUAGUAAGCUGGAAAAAGAAAAAGAAGAAUUAAUCCAUCAGACAGAAGUACACAAAGACCAAGGCGGAGCUGAGAGCACCGUACAUGAUCAUGAUCAACUAAAGGAAAAGAUAAAGGAUCUAGAAAGACAGCUGAAGACUUCAGAUCUAGAAAAGCAGCAUUUGAAGGAGGAAAUAAAAAAGCUGAAAAAAGAACUGGAAAAUGUUGAUCCGUCGUUUUUUGAAGAAAUCGAAGAUCUGAAGUAUAACUACAAAGAAGAAGUGAAAAAAAAUAUUCUUUUAGAAGAGAAGUUAAAAAAACUUUCUGAACAAUUUGGAGUUGAAUUAACUAGUCCUGUUGCUGCUUCUGAACAGUUUGAAGACGAAGAGGGAAGUCCUGUCAAUUUCCCUACUUAUUAAGGGCCAGCUAUAAUUACAGUUUUUA